AUUAGUUUCAGCUAAUGCUUUUUCUCUAUGGAGUCUUCUUUCCACUGCUGCUUAAGGUAUGACAUUCAAGUGGGGGCUGAACCAAAGUCAAAGUCAAAAAAAAGGAAGUAAGGGUAACAAAACCCCUUCUUUUGAACUUGGUGAUUUAUCAAGUAAACAAAUUGACGAAAAGAGAAACCAUGUCAUAUCGAUAGCUGAUAAAGCUAUCAAGAGACCACCGGUAUUCACGAGACCUUCCAAUGAUGCAAUUUCAAUUUUGACUCAACAUACAAAAGUUGCAAGUGAUGUUGAAGAUGCGGUGAAAUCUGAACUUCCAGAACAAGAGCCGGUUCCGGAUAAAAAUUUAAUGACUUCAAGAAACCCGUCAAUGAACAUUUGGAGAAUUGUAUCUGUUUGUUUUUGGGCAAUUGCAAGUGGAUGGUCUGACGCUGGUCCUGGUGCUUUGUUGCCUCACAUUGAGCAGUAUUAUAACAUUAAUUAUACUAUAGUCUCAAUGAUUUGGAUAUCUAAUGCUUGUGGGUUUAUUACGGUUGCAUUUUUAGCCAGUAAAAUCCAGCCUUAUUUGGGCAAACAGAAAUCUUUACUGUUUGGUUGUUUGCUUUCUAGUAUAUCGUACGCCAUCACUCUGAGUGGCGGUCCGUAUGGACUAGUGGCAGCGUCUUUUUACAUUGGUGGGAUUGGUUUGGCAAUUGUGUUAACCCAAGCCAAUGUUUUCUUAUCUAAAUUAGAAAAACAAUCCAAAUAUUUGUCGUUUUUCCAUGGCUCUUAUGGGAUUGGUGCAACAAUUUCUCCGCUUGUAGCCACUUCGAUGGUAAACGCUGGGAUAAAAUGGCAUUAUUUUUACUUGAUCAAUCUUUCGUUAAUGACAUUCAAUGUUUUAAGUGUUUGGAUUGCAUUCAGAGGCGCUGAUGAGGAUUUGAAACCUUGGGAUGACGAAAAUUCUUCGGAUAACCCUAAUGAAGACGAUUAUUAUAAUAUUAGAACAACAGAAGUAAAUAAUACUUCUUCGGACGAUUCAGGUGAUGAAAUCAAUUUUGAAACAAGGAAGCCGCCUCCUCAUAAUAAGGGCCAAAUGGCAAUGGCUUUGAAACACCCAGUCACUUGGUUGAUCUCCUUUUGGUUAUUAUUUUACCAGGGUGCUGAAGUUUCCAUUGGUGGAUGGAUUGUUACCUUUUUAUUGGAUUAUCGAGGUGCUGACAAUAGCUCAGGUUAUGUAGCCUCUGGAUUUUGGGGCGGUUUAACCUUGGGUAGGCUAUUUGUCACUAGACCUUUACAUAAAACUUUAGGUGCAAGAAGAAGCGUUCUUAUAGUAUCUACAAUUACCAUCGCAUUGGUUCUAUUAACUUGGCUUAUCCCCAAUGUGAUUAGUGCUGGUGUAUUCGUGUCUUUAGCUGGUGUCCUUAUAGGACCUAAUUAUUCUUUGAUGGUCACUGCAGUUACACAAGGUAUGCUACCUAGAAAAAUUCAAGUUGUAAGUUUGACCAUAAUGACAGCUUUCGGCUCAAGCGGUGGCGCCAUUUUCCCAUUUGUUGUUGGUCUUGUAUCAGAGUCCGCUGGGACUUUUGUUAUACUACCUAUUUUCAUUGCAUUAUACACCUUAACUAUAGUUAUAUGGAUUAUGUUACCAAACGUAGAACGAAGAAAAGCUCAUGCUGGGGGAGACUUAACUCUUUGGCAGAGAUUUUGGUAACUAUGUUCUUUUUGCAUUAAUAGACUUCGGUACAUAAAUCAAAUAUUCAUCAACUGAUUCUUUAUAGCUAUUAAUUUU